AUGGUCAAAGCAGUCGUUCUUGGUGCUGCAGGCGGCAUUGGCCAGCCUCUGUCUCUGCUCCUCAAGGCUAACCCCAACGUCACGGAGUUGAGCCUCUAUGAUAUCGUGAACACGCCCGGUGUUGCUGCCGACUUGUCCCACAUCGCGACUCCUGCCAAGGUCGUCGGCUACCUUCCCCCAGAUGAUGGUCUCAAGAAGGCCUUGACCGGUGCCGACAUCGUUGUCAUCCCCGCUGGUGUUCCCCGUAAACCCGGAGUACGUAUAAUUCAUCGUCGUCUCAUUAACGCUGGCAUCGUUCGCGAUCUCGCGACUGGCAUUGCGACCACCGCGCCCAAGGCCUUCGUCUUGGUCAUUUCGAACCCUGUCAACUCAACCGUCCCCAUCGUAGCCGAGGUCUUCAAGCAGCACGGUGUCUUCAAUCCUAAGAAGAUCUUCGGUGUUACUACGUUGGAUGUCGUCCGCGCUUCGACUUUCGUUGCUGAGAUCCUUGGCGACCUCGGCAAGGCACCCAGUGUCGUCGUUCCCGUGGUCGGUGGUCACUCCGGCAUCGUGCCCUUGCUCUCGCAGUCCUCUCACCCGCUCCCGUCUGGCUUCGCCCAGGACGCUCUGGAGCAGCUGACGAAUCGCAUCCAGUUCGGCGGUGACGAGGUCGUCAAAGCGAAGGAUGGCGCCGGAUCUGCGACCCUUUCUAUGGCUUAUGCCGGUGUCGAAUUCGCGAACAAGAUCAUCCGUGCCGUCAAGGGCGAGAAGGGCCUCGUUGCACCUACGUUCGUUAACCUCGCCGCCGACGCAGCAGGCGGCGAGGCCCUCAAGAAAGAGAUUGGCAGUGACCUCGAGUACUUCUCGGCACCCGUUGAACUCGGCGCCGAGGGUGUGGUUGCGAUCAAGUCACUCGGCAAGAUCAGCGAGUACGAGACGAAGCUCAUCAAGGCUGCCGUUCCUGAGCUACAAACCAACAUCGAGAAGGGUGUCUCUUUCAUCGGCGCGUCUAAGCUCUGA